AAAAAAAAAAAACAAAAACAAAACAAAAUAAGUGAAAAAAAUAUUGAAUCCUCUUGGACGAAAUUAGUUCCUAUUUUUGUUCAAUCUGAAGUUGUUUUUAAUGCAGGGAUUAGUCUUACUAAAUCUAUUUAUGAUGUUUAGUCCCAACUGAUGGAGAUGUAUAUUGCUGAAAAGGAGAAACUCUCCUAUAUUCGUGGCAAGACUAAACCACCUUCUGAAUCAGAAGAUGGUUAUGACAAGUGGUAUGCCGAAAAUCAGAAAGUGAAGCGGUAGCUCUUAAUGUCCAUGACUCCAGAAAUUAUGAAGCGUUAUUUACGCUUACCCACUGCCCACGAAAUCUGGAGUGCUCUAUCAAAGACCUUUUAUGAUGGGAAUAAUGAGUUACAAUUUUUCGCCUUAAACCAAAAGGCCUUCACUGCCAAACAAAAUGGCAAAUCUCUAUCUAAAUAUUAUGGAGAACUAACUGAAGUUUUCCGAGAAAUGGAUCAUCGAGAUAAAGUGGUCAUGAAAGAUCCGGAUGACAUUGAAACAUAUCGGAAGUCUAUCAAGCGACUAAAGGUUCACAUCUUUCUUGCCGGAUUGGAUGGUGAUUUUGAACAAAUUCGUGGAGAAAUUCUACGUAAAGAUCCAGUUCCAGACUUGGAAGGCUGCUACUCUUUGGUUCGACGAGAAGCGGUACGUCGUGCAACUCUGAACGGGGAGUUCGAAAACUCUGAAGCCUCAGCCAUGAUGGCUCAAAUAGGUCUAAACAAAAUUGGCAAGACCGUACUAAACCCAAUCAAUUUAAAGCCACCAACGAUGCAAACAAGUCUACCUACAAAUGCACCCAUUGCAAUCAGACUGGUCAUACCAAAAGUCGUUGUUUCGAACUUCUGGGAAAUCUGGAAUGGUGGGAUCAUAGCCGUUGGAAGAAGAAUUCGACCAAGACCUCCACUACAUCAGUAGUUAAGACAGAGGAUGAUGGUGCUGAAAAGGCCUUGGAAUUGGUAGUAACUGGAGAUAAUGGAGGACAUCUAAACAAAGAAGACGAUUGGUUGUGGUAUUAGGCGAGGGAAGCUGUAUUACUUGGACUUGAUGUCAAAAAGUUUCGACAAGCAUUGACAGUGGAUGGUUCUAAGGGGGAGAAAAAGAAAUCUGAAAUCUGGCUGUGGCAUCAACGUUUGGGACAUGCUUCCUUUGGUUAUCUAAAAAUAUUAUUUCCUAGCUUAUUUAAAAAAUUUGAUGGUUCUAGUUUCCGCUGUGAUAUUUGUGAACUCGCAAAGAGCCACCGUGCUUCGUUUCCAUUAUGUUCGAA